AUGCUCAGAGCUUUGAUAUUCCUACCGCUGGCUUUUGCGCAAUUCGGGAAUACGAAUCUCGGUGGAUCGGUUGGAUGUGUGGUGACGAAAAACAAGCUGUUCUCAAGCGGGAAUUACAUCCGAGAUCUGAGCGAACCUGAAGUGAAAACCCUCAUUCAAUACAAAAAAGAUUUGAGCGUCUUCAGAAAAAAAAUCGCUGACGCUUUUGAUAAUGUUGAGAAUAUUGAGAAUAGUCCUUUAAAGAACUCAACAAUUCCUCCAAUGCCUAUCCGUCCAUCAAUGCCUUCAUUUUGUAUUGGAGCUGACACAACGAUGUAUAUUUUUGCGGGAUGCAGUGUUCAGAAUUAUAAAGUUUACAUUGGAAAGACUUUUGCAAGGAAUCUUGAUCAGAAAGAACGAGGGAAAUUGGAUAAAUUCAUUCGACAAAUGAAAGAAAAUGAAAGCAAAGCGGCAAAGGAUCAAAAUUCGACUCCGACCGCUCUCCAAAAAGAUCUCGAUUUAUGUAUGGAACUU